GAAUGGGUAAGAGAAAGAAAGAGGAAAAACCGUUGGUAUAAUAAGAACAUGGAAGAAUUCACCAAAUUGGAGCUCAAGAAAUUUCUCUCAAAAUUGGGAAGUUUUUGGACUACGACGCCGAUCGAUCGAGGGAUGGAUGAUGGCUCCUUGAUCAAUGGUCCUCCUUCCAGGACGCCCUCUUCCUUUUCAUCUACCAUGUUUACGAAUUACCCACUCAUUUCUGCUCUCCUCGCCUUCGCAAUUGCUCAGUUCAUCAAGUUCUUCACCUCCUGGUAUAAGGAAAGACGAUGGGAUUUUAAGAAACUAGUUGGAUCUGGUGGAAUGCCUUCAUCUCAUUCUGCAACUGUUUCUGCUCUUGCUGUAGCCAUUGGGCUCCAAGAAGGCUUUGGAGGAUCAAUCUUUUCCGUUGCAUUGAUCUUAGCAUGUGUUGUAAUGUACGAUGCUACUGGUGUAAGAUUACAAGCUGGACGCCAAGCAGAGGUUUUGAAUCAAAUUGUUUACGAGCUUCCUGCUGAACAUCCUUUGGCUGAGAGCAGACCAUUGCGAGAACUUCUUGGUCACACCCCUCCCCAGGUUAUAGCUGGAGGUUUGCUUGGUAUUGUCACCUCUUCUGUUGGCCAAUUGGUGAUCGUAAUAACCAGGUCUUGAAUCUUGUGCUGAAGUUGAUCAAGCAGAUUACAUUGUUGUAGCUCUGAUCUCAUCAAUAAUGAAAGGUGUUUGAUGGAAAUUUCAGUAUCAGAUUAUUCUUGUGAAUAUGGUCUGCACAUACCUCUGAUCAUUGAGAUAUUUCAGAAUUAUUGCUCGAUUGAUUGCUGUAUUUAGUGCCAACAAGCUGCAGCGAGACUUGCAGUAAAUCAGAAAACAAACAUAUAGCUCCUUAGCACCUUUGUUUUUAGAUAGCCCUAUUAGCAUCCGAUUCAUGUAAUUUUCUUAGUUCUUGCUGGUUACCUUUUAUUAAUUCUGGAUAAAAGGGGAGAAGGCUAUUUUCUACUGGAAUGGUUAAGAAAAAAAAAAUUCAUUUCUGUGGCUGCCAUUGCUGCCCUUCUCAA